CUUGUAUUUUGGCAGUGCAGUUUAUUAAUCAGGAAGUAAACUCCCGUUGUCAACAGAUUUCUGACAUUUCUAAAACUUGCGUUUCACAGGCUCUGCUAGAAAACUCCAAUGACUGUUGUGAAAGAAUAAAGAGAAUGAAUGAAACCUGUGCAAAUAUUUCACUCUGUAAUCCUGGGCUCCUUCAAGUUCAGGAGAACAGUACAACCUUUUGUGUGUCCUGUGACUCAGCAGAACAGGGGAAUUCAACUUCAUUUAACAAUACAAGGACUAGUCACUUUCCAGGAACAUUAAUCAAAAUGAUAGGUGGCCCGGGUGUAGCGGCUUCUGUCCUUCUAGGAACUCUACUGAUCAGCCUGGGCCUCAUCCUCUCGGUUGCAUCUUUCUUUUACCUUAAGCGUUCCAACCGCCUCCCUGGAGUCUUCUACGGGCGCAAUAAGGCUUUUAUAUUCCAACCAAGUGAGACGGCUGUCAUGAUUCCUGAAGCUACAUCUUCAGUUCGCAAGCCAAGAUAUGUCAGGAGGGAGAGGCCUUCAGCAACAUCAGCAUCCAACAGUGCUACUGUGGCAACAGGGGCAGUAACCAAGGUAUACAAUGUGUGACCAGCCUCCAAGGGCCAUCUGUAAGCCCCCUUUCAAAACAUGAACCUGUCCUAUUGCACAGUUUCCUUAUGGGAUUGUAACCUUUUUUGGUGAAACUUUCCUUAAAGUUAUGUAGGCUACACGAGGCAUCCAGUUUCUUGAUGUAGGCUUUUAUCUUGGAAAACUUUUUUUUAGAUCAUCUUUUCAUUGAUCCAGAUAUUUAUUUCUAUUUAUAUAUUUUUCACACAAUAUGUUCUUUCUUUCUUUCUUUCUUUCUUUCUUUCUUUCUUUCUUUCUUUCUUUCUUUCUUUCUUUCUUU